AAUAUUGUUUUCAACGUCAAUGGGAUCUGGAAAAUCAAAAAUGCAAAAAAAUUCAACUACUAAUGAAAGAGGAGUCAGGGAUUAUAAAAUGACACCUGAAGAAAAAGAAAAAACCAAGAUGGAAAUUAUCCAUUCGUUACUCGAUUGUAAUGAAAUUGAUUUUAGUGAUUGGCGUUAUGAAACACUGACUCAAGCAGAUGUUGAAUCGACAUUAUCACGCUGUGGUAUGAAUCUACAUAAAUUAAUUCUUGAUGAGAAUUGUGAUUCGACAAUUAUGGCAACUGUUAAAAAAUAUUGUCAGAACUUGGAACAAUUUGAAUUUAGCUUGAGCAAAAUAAAUGAGGAUGAUUUCAUUGAUGUAUUUACGGAUAUGACGAAAUUAAAAAGUCUUACUGUGAGAUCGAAUUCAUUAUUUGGUGAAAAAAGAGAAAAUCCAGUUGAUAUAACCAAGAUUUUGAAUAGUGUUCCAGAUGAUAUUAGUGAAAUUUUCCUUUUAACGCAUAAGAGCACAGUGUGCUCAGGUGCAUGUCUUCAUCUUUUUCCUUCAUCACUGGGACGGUUUACGAACGUUCGUCAUUUAAUCCUCAAGGAGUUUGAUAUUGACAACACUGCUGUUAUGGAAAUUUCGAAAAUUAAAUCGUUGAUUAAACUCGAGCUUCUCAUCUGUAGAAUUGGAGAAGGUACAUCGUUUAUAUUGAAUCUUCCAGAGUUGGAAUCAUUGACACUUGAAGCAAUGAAAAACACUGACGACUGUAUAAUCAAUCUUCCAAAUGAAUCAAAAAAUUUAAAGCGUCUUAAUUUAAAGAACAACUGGUCUGUAUCUGCUGAUGCUCUGAAAAAAAUUUCAAAUUUAAUAAAUUUGGAAGAAUUGAAAUUGAGAGGGUGUGAGGAUGUUGAUAGUGAUGUUUUUGCAAGCAUUGUCAAUGGAUGUGCAAAACUUAAAAAUCUAGAUAUAUCCAAUUGUCAAAAAAUUUCUGGAGAUGCUCUUGUAAAAAUAUCGAAUUUGAAAAAUCUCGAAAAUUUAAAUAUUUGUGAAACUAAAAAUGUUAAUGAUGAUGUCAUUAUUGAAAUUGCAAAUAAUUGUAAAAAAAUAACAGAACUGUAUAUCCAUUCAUGCAAUAAUGUAUCCAGUUUGGCUCUUAAUGAAUUAGCCAAAUUAGAACAUCUUGAAAUACUUCAGCUGGAUAAUGUUUAUAAUGCUGGAGAUGAUAUAUUUAAAAACAUGUACAAACUCAAGAAACUUAAGUGUACUUGGUGUCGCAAUGUAACUGAUGCUGGUAUCAUGAGAAUUAUAAAAAACGCAUCAAAUCUUGAAUAUUUGAUGCUUUGUGAGACUGGUAUAACAAGUAAGACACUUGUAUAUGCUGCAGAUGAAACAAAAAAACGUACAAACAACAUUGUUCUGAGAAUCAUUACAAACAAACAAGUACUCCAAGAUUAUCAAAAGUUAAAACAUGACUCAGGCCAUCUUAUAGAUAUGGAUGGUUUAGACAUGUGUUGUGAAAAUUGCUAAUAAUAAAAUUUCGAUAAUAUUGUCUUGAAGGAUAGUCAAUAUUUUAUAGUCAUUUCACUCGAAGUUUUUUUUUUUAAA